AGCUCAUCACAAAGCUUUUAUUUGGUUGUUUGUUUUCCAUCCGUAUUACUCCACUAAAGCGGAUGACUGAGCGUUUUAUACAAGGUUGUGUUUGGACGAUGUUUACUUGCCUGACAGCGUAAAUGUCACGUAGGCCGCUGCUACGUUGUUGUGUACAUUGCCAGGCCCCUCAUUCCAGGGCGCAUGCGUCUCACUGAGGACGGCGAAGACGGUACUCAGCUGUGCAGGAAGUUAGCCGGCAGCUUCACUUACCCAUAAACCCAUAUUUACCGCUUAAUAAGAAACAAGUUGGCACGGCUCCAGCCCGUAAAAGCAGCUGGUGACAGUGGAGCUUCCAAACGACACUGAAGUCCUUGUGUUGUUUUUUCCAAGGACUGAUUGACAGUCAGUGUGAUAAGCGGCAGGUAACACAGAGUUCAUAGUGCUACUACCCCACGGUCUCUCUUUGCGGAACCUACGCGUACGUGCGGUAGUGUUGCCCGCUAUCAAGAGGUUCAAAUCAGGACACAUCGGCGACUAUGUGUUCGGUAAUAAGCAGAGUGAAGCCCGUUCAGCGGGCCCUGGCUUCGACGCUACGGCUCAGGACAAACGCUGACGGCUUGAAUUACGCGGCAGCCCAGAGCAGGCGCUUCUGCCCCGGCUUUAUCACUGGAGCUCAGCCGCUAUGGGUAACCAGCAGAUCCUACUGCGCCAGGAUAGCAACGACGGAUGGACUCCUCUUCAGACAGUUGUUUGAAGUGGAGAGCAGCACGUACACCUACCUGCUGGCAGACGCAGACACCAAGGAGGCUGUCAUCAUUGAUCCUGUGCUGGAGACCAUUGACAGGGACCUGAAAUUCGUAAGCGAACUUGGACUCAAACUGACAGUGGCAGUUAACACCCACUGCCAUGCAGACCACAUAACAAGUACUGGCCUAAUGAAGAAAAGACUUGCUGGUCUGAAGAGUGCCAUCUCCAAAUUCAGUGGUGCAUCUGCUGAUAUCCACCUAAAAGAGGGAGACAAGAUCCCCUUUGGAAGACACUCUUUGACUGUGAGAGAGACACCAGGACACACUGAUGGGUGUAUAACGCUGGUAACUGGGGAUCAGACUAUGGCUUUCACUGGUGACGCUCUUCUCAUUAGAGGCUGUGGCAGGACAGACUUCCAGCAGGGUUGUGCCAAAAGGCUCUACCAGUCAAUCCAGGAGAAAAUCUACACCCUGCCUGACCACUGCCUCAUCUACCCAGCACAUGACUACUUAGGUCAGACGGUUUCUACAGUGGGCGAGGAGCGCAAGUUUAACCCACGCUUGACUAAGAGCAUGGAGGAGUUUGUGAAGAUCAUGAACAACCUGAACCUCCCUAAGCCUAAUAAAAUAGAUAUUUCAGUGCCUGCCAAUCUGGUUUGUGGACUGCACCAUGUUUGAAUGUUCUGCACGAAAGACGAUACUAAUGACAUCAUUGCCCAGUGAUAGACAUUCUGUGUCUGUUUAGCAGAAUUAAUCAAACUACUUGCCAUAAAGUGCUUUAUUGUGGUUCUGUGUCUAAAUCUAAAUGGUAUAUUUUAAUUGCUGUUAUCAUUUAUAGUGCAGCUACUGAUCAAUUGUACUUGGAAUAAAUCUGCUUCUAUUUUGGAUAUUCAAAAUAAUUAAUAUCUGUAUUUGAGGAGAGAACAGUAAUGGUACCCUUUGUUAACUGUGUAAAGUUAAAAGUAAGUUGACCUUAUUCAGAUUUGUUAUUAUGUGUAAAUUUGGGGAGGAAGAGGAAAGCUUGGAUAGGAUUGUUACACUGAAGGUUCAGUUUAGUAUUUGUGAAUGCUUAAAAGGUACAAUUGUGUCGUGUAGUCAAGGCCUCACACACUCACAGUACCACAAGCAGUGGCCUCUUUUAAUAGCAGGAAAAUAAAGCUUAUGCUGUUUGCAUUUAAAAUCAAUAACAGCUAAGAUGUUACUGCACAACAUGUCAUAGCAUUAUGAGCUCACAUGUUCCUUUUAUAUGUUGAAAAUGAUGAUUAUUAUUUACUCUCUAGCUCUAAAAGAAGGAAUCAGACUGCAGUGACCCAUGCAUGCUGUUGUUGUAUUUAACAGAUCCUCAGCCAGUAAGACGGGUUUGUUUUAGAGUGCUUCCCUUUGACUCAGCCACACAAAUUUGCAGCUGUGUGACAAUUUGAGCCUGAGGUUUUUGGAGGCCAGAAUCAAAAUGUUCAUAAGCAAGUGAUUUCAUGUGAAUAUAACUUUUUACUAUUGCCUUUUAUUAAGAGAGCACCACAUCAGUUGCAUGUAUCAAUUCUGGUUCUCUCCUCAUGGGGGAACACUACCUGCCAGGUUAACUCAGACUUUUUAUGUCUUUUGCUGCUAUGGAUGAAGCCCUGUGGUGAUGAUGGUUUGAGCCUGAAAACCCGAGUGAAUAUGGAUGUCUCAUGUUCACCAAAGACUGUCAUUAAAUAAAUUCCAAGUUGAAUGAA